AUGGAUGAAACUGAUUCCGUUUUAGUUGAAAACAUCAAAUCCUUCGCUUCAGGAGGAUUCGGUGGUAUUUGCGCAGUCUUAACUGGUCACCCAUUUGACUUGGUCAAAGUGCGGUUACAGACUGGCGUUUACAACACCACUACUGAAUGUUUGAAAGGAACAUUGGCGAAGGACGGUUUGCGCGGCUUCUAUAGAGGGGUGGUUCCUCCAUUGUUAGGUGUCACACCAAUGUUUGCUGUAUCAUUUUGGGGUUACGAUGUUGGCAAAAAGCUCGUGGGCUCAGUGAAGGGGAAGAAGCCAGAGGAUUUCACAAUUGGAGAAAUAUCUUCUGCAGGUUUCAUCUCUGCUAUACCAACUACAUUAGUGGCUGCUCCUUUCGAGAGAGUCAAGGUAAUGAUGCAAGUGCAAAGUGGCGCAAAGUCUUCAAUGGCCUCUGUGAUUGCUGAAAUGUAUAAAACUGGAGGUUUGAAAUCUAUUUUCAAGGGAUCUGCUGCGACUUUGGCUAGAGAUGGCCCUGGUUCCGCAUUGUACUUUGCGACCUACGAAUACCUCAAGCAAAGAUUGUCUUCUCCUGGAGAGAAUAUGUCGUUGUUUGCCAUUUCCAUGGCUGGUGGAUGUGCUGGUGUUGCAAUGUGGUUGGGUGUUUUCCCCAUCGACACUAUUAAAUCAACUCAACAAUCCUCCAAUACCAAUGUCUCGAUUGCUGCAACCACGAGAAAUAUCUAUGCAAAAGGAGGAAUCAAAGCGUUCUUCCCUGGAGUUGGACCAGCAUUAGCCCGUUCUUUCCCUGCCAAUGCGGCUACAUUUGUAGGAGUGGAGUUGGCGAAAAACUUCCUUGAGAAGAUAUGA